CUAGGGUUUAGUUCAUCCGGGACCUCUGAACUCUCAAGAUGUCAGCAGUGCAGGUUAUGGCGAUGUCGGGGGCCGCUGCGUCUGACCGGACGCCGUUUUUUGGUGCUCGUAUGCCGAUUGAGAUGAAGAGCAUGCUGCCUCAUUUAAAAUCUGUCGACAAGGGUCUCUUUAGGAAACUUCUUCAAGCUGCUGUUCGAGCGCUGGAGAACGAGGGAAUCGGUGAAGAUGAGUUUGCAGCUCUCACAUCGGACCACCCGUCACCGGAAGUGAUUAGAACAGUGUAUACGGGUCUUUUGGUUCUCUUGCAAGCUGCACUGAGGCUACCACAGUCGUCUCUCAAGUCAGACAUGUUCAAGGCAGACCUGAAAGAAAUCAAGGGGAUACCUCAAGAAUUUAUUUCUGAUCUUGUGAAGGCCGUGUUUGGUCCCAGACGACAGCAUCUGAACGAAGCGGUUAUCCAACACCGGGUUCGUCUUCCAACCCUACAGUCUUUCCGUUGGCGAGUAAAUGUGUCAAUAUCAACAAGUGCCUUGAAUCGAGUGUUGGAGCCAUCGGUUCUAGUCGAGAUGACACUAAGUAGUGGCAAAAUAAAGACUUUUGAGGUUCCUGUAUCCAAGUUUCAUGAGCUGCGCUACAACGUUGCCUAUGUGCUCAAACAGAUGGAGGAUUUGGAAAAGCGCAGUAUUUUAAAGGUUCAAGAUUAAGUAACUUGUGCAUGCUAUGUAUGGCACUUACAUACUGUA